AUGCACCCCCAAUAUCUCCUUCUCCCUAGCCCUUAUCAUCAUCGUCCCCAAUCCCCUAAAACCCUAACCCUAACCCUAAUUCCCGUUUUGCUCCCGCACUCCAACCAUGCCCGCGGCGCCCUCGCUGAUCCCCCUCGUCGACGUCUCCGCCGAGGCAGCGGAGGAGAUGGGGAUGGGGAUGAGGGAGGAGGAGGAGGAGGAGCCAUUGCUGUCGCCGAGCGCAGAUCGGUUCUCGAUGUUCCCGAUCCGGUUCCCGGGCAUCUGGGAGUUCUACAAGAAGGCCGUGGCGUCGUUCUGGACCGCCGAGGAGGUGGACCUCUCCGGCGACCUCCGGCACUGGGAGCUUGCGCUCUCCGGCGACGACCGGCGGUUCGUCUCCCACGUGCUCGCCUUCUUCGCCGCCUCCGACGGCAUCGUCCUCGAGAACCUCGCCUCCCGCUUCAUGGCCGAGGUCCAGGUCGCCGAGGCCCGCGCCUUCUACGGCUUCCAGAUCGCGAUCGAGAACAUCCACUCGGAGAUGUACUCCCUCCUCCUCGAGACCUACAUCCGCGACCCCCUCGAGAAGGACCGCCUCUUCCGCGCCGUCGACACCGUCCCCUGCGUCGCCCGCAAGGCCGCGUGGGCGCUGCGCUGGAUCCAGUCCCCCGACGCCUCCUUCGCCGAGCGCCUCGUCGCCUUCGCCUGCGUCGAGGGCGUCUUCUUCUCCGGCUCCUUCUGCGCCAUCUUCUGGCUCAAGAAGCGCGGCCUCAUGCCCGGCCUCACCUUCUCCAACGAGCUCAUCUCCCGCGACGAGGGCCUCCACUGCGACUUCGCCUGCCUCCUCUACUCCCUCCUCCGCCGCCGCCUCCCCGAGCCCCGCGUCCGCGCCAUCGUCCGCGACGCCGUCGACAUCGAGCGCGAGUUCGUCUGCGACGCCCUCCCCGUCGCCCUCGUCGGCAUGAACGGCCGCCUCAUGAGCCAGUACAUCGAGUUCGUCGCCGACCGCCUCCUCGCCGCCCUCGGCUGCGCCAAGAUGUACGCCGUCGCCAACCCCUUCGACUGGAUGGAGCUCAUCUCCCUCCAGGGCAAGACCAACUUCUUCGAGAAGCGCGUCGGCGAGUACCAGAAGGCCUCCGUCAUGGCCAGCCUCAACGGCCUCGCCGGCGCCGCCGACAACCACGUCUUCAAAAUCGACGAGGAUUUCUAAAGGUGCCGUUUUUAUAUUUUAUUACCUUCUUUUAGCAAUCUUUUUAGCUAAUGUGAUAUGAUAUGUUGAGGUUGGUAUUAUUGGUGGGAUCCGAUAUUAAUAUUAUGUAUAUGUGUUUAACUUUCAAGUGUUUGACGAUUCGCAUGAAUGAGUUGGUUUUAAUGGUGUUUGUGGAAAUGCCCAAGAGACAAAAAGAAGGUUGCUGCA